CAACGCCCCAUCGGGUCCCCAGCCCAGAAUUUUCAUUCAACUGAAAGCAGCCGAACUGUGAACAACAGAAUAAUAGAAGGAUUUAAGGUCUAAGCAAAAGGAACUAAACUUUUUGACAUGUCUUCUGACGAAUCACCCGCUGGAGGCGAGGGAGGCGAUGGAGCUGGAUCUGGAUCGGCCAAGGGCACAACCACGGCUGGAGCCGGCCUGAUGAUGGCCAGCCCUUGGCUGACGGUGGCCGCUGCCACCGCCUACACCACAACCGCCAUGUGGGCCAAGCUACGUGAGAUGGGCAUAUUCAAGAGUUUGCGGGGUCGCAAGUCUGCCGCCGCCGCCGCCGCUGCCGCCGCUGCCGCAGCCGACGACGAGGAUGCCGCCGCCGCUGCCGCAGCCGCAGCCGACGACAAGGAUGCCGCCGAUGCCAACGCCGCUGGUGACGCCUCGCAGACAACCGAUGAGGUGGUAAAGCUGUUCCAGGAUGGAACUGCCAUCGAUGGCUUGCUACUGCAGGAUCAGGAACUGCAGCAGCGUGAAGAGGGUCUGGGACCCGCUCGACCACUAGAGAUGUCGCCCAUUGGCUUCUAAAUGGGUGGCCACAGGAGGACACCCACACACACACACACACACGCACACUUAAUGGUUAAGUUACCCACUCACCCCACUCACACACACACACACACAAAAAGGGACACAAAUGAACACAAACGAACACAAACGAACACAAACGAACACAAACGAACACUUGAGAACCCACACGCACACACGAAAGAUAAUUGUUGUAAUGCUUGCGCGUUCCAAAGGGGAUGGAUAAGCAGGAGGACACACACAUCGACACCCUCAAGGCCAGCACAAAUUGUUAGUAGUCAUAAUUCUGGCAAUCGAAAUUAAUUGUGAAUCAAACACGAUGAUGUUAAAGCCUCCUCGAAUGACAAGAUGUAUCACACAUAAAUCUGCAUCAAUGCAUAUAAACCAUUUAUUGAAAGAAAAGCAAA